CAUCGGAAUAAUUGCAAAGCGGAACAUUUUGAAUCGAGGUCAGACCAAAAGUUUGUUCUCCAAAAUGUCUGGGGUUUCGAGUGCGUUGAAAUCCCAAGCAGAGGUCGAACAAGCCUUUAGAAGGCUCCGACAGAAAGCCAAGUCCCUCGGCAUUAAAGAUUCUUCGCUUGCUAAGGCGAAAUCUUUGAAGAACUUACGCCAAAGUCGUAGCUAUUUCAAGUACUACGGUGCUGUGUUGGUUUGUGUUUUGGCCGUUUGUGUCGGCACAGGACUAUAUGCGUACAGGAAUAACUAUUUCAGCAAGCGGGCCGUUCUCGAAUACCUCGCCGAUAAUGUAUUUGACGUGGACAUCGACCGAGAAGAAUGCCUAUUUCCCAUUCCUGAGUUUGUUCUCGAUAGAUUUCGACCUCCGAUUGACUGUAGCAUUUGCAGGAACAUUCACAAAGUUGAACGCGUUAGCAACAUCACCCCUCAAGAAUUUGCCAAAAAAUACGCUUAUUCUGCCAGACCGGUGGUCAUCGAAGACGGAAUGAAGAACUGGACAGCCUCAGAGCAUUUCAGUUUUGAUUUUUUCAAGAAAGUUUACAGCCCCGAUAGCCCGGCUCUGAAAAGCCGCGAUGGACAAUGUCAGUUUUUCCCAUACAAUACAAAGUUCUCAACUCUCAAAGAAGUGUUCCAAAUGCCGGAAAAAGACGCUCAAAUGAAAGGAAAACCUUGGUAUAUCGGAUGGAGUAACUGUGACUCUGCAGCUGCCAACGAAUUGCGCAAGCACUAUUCCCGUCCAUAUUUUCUGCCAGAGCUGUCUGAAUCUAGCAGGACUGAUUGGAUCUUCAUGGGCUGUCCAGGCUAUGGUGCACACAUGCAUAUUGAUCAAGUUGGGAAACCAUCAUGGCAGGCACAAGUCAAAGGAACCAAAAAAUGGACACUGCAACCACCCCCUGAAUGUGCUCUGGAGUGCGACAAGGAGAUAGUUACUGUUAUCCACCCUGGCGAAAUAAUUGUGUUGGACACCAAUCGCUGGUUUCACCAGACAGAUAUCAUUAAUGAUGAAAUGAGUAUCACCAUUGGCUCAGAGUAUGAUUAAUAAAUUGAUAAACCUGGACAAAAAUAUACAUACUUGUACAUCCUGUAUUGGGCUAGUACAACUAAUGUGCUCUCUACUUUGGAGGGCAAGAAUCUUGUAGUUAUAUUUUUGUAUAAAAUGUUUCUAUAAAGCAAAUUGAAUAUAAUUUUGUUAGAUUAAAAGACACUGGUACAAACAUUUUUUACUAGUUGCUUUUAUGGAUAAUCAUCCUAAUCAUCCUUAUUACAUUAACCUAAUUAAUAACAUUUUUCAACAGUAAUUUUACAGAUAUUUCUUGGCGGAUAACAUACUUUAAUUUUAAAACCUAGUAAGACUAGGUAGGGAUAUUUAUUGAAAUUGUUGUAUGAAAAUAAAUGACAGCCUGUGGUUUAACUUCCCUGCUAGCAGAAGCCUCUUCUCUGUAUUUCGCUCAGAGAAAUACAGAGAAAAGAGGCCCCUGCUAGCAGGGAAGGGUUUAACCAGUAGACAAUAAAGACUAUCACCAUUGAUGUGAA